CCGACGGUGGUCAUCAUUGGGGCAGGAAUGGCAGGAUUAUCAGCAGCUCACCGAUUGGCACAAUGCGGCCUCCAAAAUUUCACGAUAUUGGAGGCAACGGAUAGGCCAGGAGGUCGGAUUCACUCGUGUUGGCUGGGAGAUGUCGUGGCCGAGAUGGGUGCCACCUGGAUCGAAGGGGGAUGCGUCGCGAAUCCCGUGUUCACUCUGGCCGCCCAAGAGGGUCUUCUGAAGCCACCCCUUUUCAGGCCUGAUCCAAGCCGCGGACUUUUCUGCACGAGCGACGGCCGGGCUAUCGAUCUUCCAGUUAGCAUCACCGCGUAUCACACGUUCCGACAGAUCGAACAACAGGCGGCAACCCUUUUCUCCCUUGGUUGCGGCCGCACCCACGGUACGUUGCUGAAUUUCAUGGGAGUCCGAAUUCAGCAGGAGCUCCACAAUUUCCCGGAGGAGCAACGAUAUGAUGCAGCCAGGGUGAUGUACGGAAUGACUAACUGCGUGAGGUGCCGAUGCGGCGAUGAUUUGUCGUUGGUUUCUGCUGAUCAAUUCGGCAGUUACAUCGAGAUACCCGGUGGCAACGUAAGGGUACCCCUUGGAUACGUCGGAGUGCUCGCCCCCCUUUUGAGAGAUCUUCCCAGUUGUUCCCUCAAAUACUGCAAGCCUGUAAGUUGCAUUAGAUGGGGCGCGAUAAGUGAUUCCUGUCCACGAGCGGUAGUGAAGUGUUGCGACGGUGAAGAAUUUCCAGCGGACUAUGUAGUCGUCACUGUCUCUCUUGGAGUUUUGAAGCACCAGCACGACAAGCUGUUCUGUCCAGCAUUGCCCGCGGAGAAAGUCGAAGCGAUUUGCAAAUUAGGAUACGGAUAUGUUAAUAAAGUAUUUUUAGAAUACGCGAGACCGUUUUGGGUGUGGAAGGAGGGAGGCAUUAAAUUGGCUUGGUCGGCCGACGAACUUGCCGAUAGAUGCGACUGGGUGAAAGGGAUUGCAAAUGUAGAAGAGCUGUCCACUUCUCAGCACGUUCUGUGUGCGUGGAUAUGCGGCCGCGAGGCCGCUGACAUGGAAUUGUGCUCCGACGAAGAGAUCGUCGAGUCGAUAACAAGAGUUCUUCGACAAUUCACCGGCGAUCCCACGCUUCCCUAUCCGGCGAAUCUUCUCAGGAGCAAGUGGUGCAUGGAUCAAUACUUCGCUGGUGCAUACAGCUACAUGGCAAUGGACAGUACCGUCGGUCACCAAUGCGACUUAGCUAGCCCUUUGCCAGGCACGUGCGAGCCUAUACCACCGAUUCUGCUGUUCGCCGGCGAGGCUACAAUCCCGGGACACUACAGUACAGUUCACGGCGCCAGAUUGAGCGGAAUUCGCGAGGCUGAGAGGAUAAUUCAAUUGACAAAACGUUUCGGCGGCCCGCCAAAGAAGACGACUGAGAAGAGUUGAGUCUAUAUAUUAUUUCGUGCAAUUAUAGAAAAUGUAGACGUUUCUGUCUCUGUCCAAAAACGCGCGAAUUUUGUUCGAUUUAAAUGAAAUUAUUAUCUUUGAAACGUGAUUAACAUCGAUCACCUCAUAUUUGUUAAACAUGAAGCGAUGAGAAGUCUUGAAUAUUUUUGUAGGAAACUGUACACUUGAUAAUCAUAUUUAUUCGAUUGUUUUAAAUCGGAACCGUUCCUGUAUCUUUGCACAAGUUGUCAAUCUUCUUAAAUAAAUACGUUAACAUACCUUUAAGUCCGAUAAUUUAUUUCGUCUGCGUCUUUGAAACAAAGUUCAAUAUUUAAUAGGGAUUAACUCGUUUAGGUUUAACGUUCAUACUUUAUUGCGCUGACAUUGCUAUAAUGACGAUGUUUCGUUAGAUAAUUUCAACACUGAUACACAUUUAUUUAUGACGGAUCGUUGGCCUUGAAA